CAAUCAUUAGACUUCACUCUCUCUCUCUCCCUCCAUCUUCUCUCUUCUCUCUCAUUUUCUCAUCUCCUCCGACCGAUCCUUCACACCCUAAAACCUUUCUUUCCGAUCACAACCCAACAUUAUUAUCAACUCUCCUCGCCAUGGCAACCGUUGAUGGUCUUUCGAACAACAACGGUGUCAAUAUUCCCAACGGACCUUUAUCCGUCAAGAAACCUCCAGCCAAAGACCGACACAGUAAGGUAGACGGAAGAGGUCGCCGUAUCCGCAUGCCAAUCAUCUGUGCCGCAAGAGUUUUCCAACUCACUCGAGAAUUAGGUCAUAAAUCAGACGGCCAAACCAUUGAAUGGCUUCUCCGACAAGCCGAACCCUCCAUCAUCGCCGCUACCGGCACCGGAACUACUCCAGCCAGCUUCUCAACUCUCUCUGUCUCCCUUAGAAACUCUUCCAACGUCUCUAUUUCCGCAACCCUCGACCAGAAACCGGUCACCGCCGCCCCUUUCUUCCUCGGAAAACGCCUACGUUCUGACGAAGUCGAUGUUAACAUAGACGGAAGUGAGGGAAAGGACGAUGGUUCUUCCUCUGUGGUGAAUCCGGCUGGGUUCUGGACUUUACCAGCACGGCCGGAUUUCGGUCAAGUUUGGAGCUUUACGGCGCCGGAGAUGAUUGUACCGACACCCUCUUCGAUUUCAGGGAGGUUUAUUUCGCAGAAUGGAACAAUGGGUGAUCAUCAUCAGGUAUCGUCGGCAGAUAGAAUUGCUAAUUAUUUGCCAAUAGGUCAGGGUCAUCUGAAUUUACUUGCUUCAUUAUCUGGUGCCCCGGCGGGUUCUUCAGGGAGGAGAGAAGGUGAUCGAUGUUGAAAAUUGUGGUAAAAAAAAAUUAAAUCUUUAUAAGUAUAUAUAUAUAUAUGUUGCUUAAUUUGUGUGUGAGUGUGAAAAUGAUGACCCCUGUUUUUAGAGUUUUUAUAGUUUAUAGGUAUUGGAAAGAGUGCCUCUGCUAAAUUUAAUGAACCCUUAAUUAGGUUACUAGGUUUUUUGUUUUGUUUUCUCUAGAGGAAAAAUAUUUAGUCCCUAUUUUCUUAGGUCUGGGGUAAUCAUCAUGGACUUUGGAGUGAUUAAGGUUUCUCUCCAAAAUCUGCUCUACUGAAAUCCUGAUUUGUUUUUGGCAUUGGGACAAAUUAACACUCAUCAAAACGAUGGGUUAUCAUUUGUGGUGGACCUUUCAACUGGUGAAAAAAGAUAAGAGAAAAACCCACCAAGAAUUUUCUUCUGGGGUGAGAUUAUUCUUUGGGAUUGGAUAAAUUGGCAAUUGGGUCGGUCAUCCGAGACCAUUAGAGAUCAAGAAUCAAGAUCAAGAUCGAUCAUUUGUGUCAAAUAUGGAUAGCUAGAGAGAGGAUGGAUGACUGGUUGAAGAAGCUCUCAUGAAGAGGCUUUAAUUUGCAUGGCUAUAUCGAGUGAAUAUGUGUUGUUGGGUGUUUUCAAGAACAAACAUUUGUUUGAUUGUUAGCUUGAAAACAAAAACUGUAUACUCUCUCUACUAUAUAUAUCUGAAAUGGAUUGUUUAUGGGUGAUGACUGUUUGAAAAUAAAACUCCCUUAUUUGUUAUUU